AUGACAUCAACAACUUCAUCAACAUCAAAUCCAUUGAUAUCAGAUCAACAAGUAACUUUUCAAUAUGCGAAUGAAUGUGAUUUAGAAAUUCAUUGUUCUCCAUUUGGAUUAAGUGGAUUAUAUAUGAGGAUUGGUGGUGCAAAUAUUAUGGGUAUUGGUUCAACUAUGGGAUUAAUAACAGGAAGUACAAAAGGUUUAAUACAUUAUAAUAAUAGCAAUGAUUUAAUUGAUCAAAAAUAUAAAUUAUAUGUAGUAAUUGAUGAGGAAGGAAUGUUAAGAAUAGAUUUUACAAAAAUAACAAUAAAAGAUGAUGCAUUAAUGGCAAAAGAAAAUAAUAAUAAUAAAACUAAUGAAACUAAUGAAGUUGAAAUAGACGGUAAUAAUUUAGAAGAAGAAAUACCGACUCUAAUAUUUAAAGGUCCAUGUCCUGAAGGAAGACCUGAUGAUAUAGAACCAUUUAUUGGAAUUUUCUCAUUUGAAAGAGAAACUGUAUAA